AUGGUAACUCACAGCAAGUUUGACUCCGCGAUGAGCAGCAGCUACUUGGACUCCUCCAACAUGCGGCUGCCUCAGCGUUACAAGACUUUCACCUCUAAGACGCAGUACCAGAUGGUCCUGAGCACGCUUCACAAGCUGCAGGAGAGCGGCUUCUACUGGGGCGCCAUCAGCGGGAAGGAGGCCAACGCCAUGCUGGCGACCGAGGCCACCGGGACAUUCCUCAUCAGGGACAGCUCGGACAACCGGCACCUGUUUGCCCUCAGUGUCAAGACUGCAUCGGGCACCAAAAACCUGCGUAUCCAAUGUGACUCUGCUUCUUUUUACCUGCAAACAGACCCUAAGAACAUUCAGUCUGUUCCUCACUUUGACUGUGUCCUCAAGCUGGUGCAUUACUACAUGUCUCAGAGCAAAGGGAACACCCGCAGCGGGGGUAUCUACUACAUUUACUCCGGAGGCGAGAAGAUCCCUCUGGAGCUCAUCAAACCUCUCUCCUGUAGCUUAUCCACCCUGCAGCACCUGUGCAGGAAAACAGUGAAUGGACAUUUGGACAUUUCCUCCAGAAGAGACCAACUUCCUCAUCCUCUAAAGGAGUUCCUCCAGGAGUAUGAUGCUCCCAUCUAGAGGUGUUGGACUGAUGCUCUUGAAAGGGGCAAAGACUUGUCAGUGCAGCUAAGGAGGAAAAGAGAUGUGCCCGAGUGGCAACAAUGAAGCCGAGCGAACAGUCAGAGCGCUGGGAUUAAUGAUUUAUCUUGUGAACAGGAGAUUUUUUUUUUUUUUUAAAGAGUUCUGACAAGAUGUGUGUGGUUCUCAUUGUAAAGCAGGCAUAUGUGUCUUUACUAUCCAAAGAAAAGUAGCUGGAUUUGGAUUCUAAGAAAGAGAACAAAGCAGCAAUCUGGUGACAGAAAAGAGAGAGAACCCUCUUCUCAUGACGUGCAUCUUACUGAAAACAGAAGUGAGGCUCACACUCAGCUGUCUGCAGUCUGAUGACACACAGGUUCCCACUGCUGCUGCUGCAUACACACACACACACACACACACACACACACACAUGCACACAUCAGCCUCAGAAAACCACCCAUCCAUUAAAGCAUGGACUGGCUUUUACAAUCAGGCUAGCAUUUUUUUUUUUUUUUGCUGACAUUUUAGACGUGUCUCUUAAAAUGUCUCUGACCAAGUGUGAGCUGGAAACUCAGAGACAGUGGAAACUUAGAGUACAGAUGAGUGGACACUGAUGGUUGUCUGGAUGGAAAAAAAGGCUUCUUCUUUUUUUUUUUUUAAAUCUGAAUUUUAAGGACCAUGAUAUAUGGAAAGAAGUUUUUUUUUUUUUUUUCAAUGUGUCAUUCAUAAAGAAGGGUUUCUUGCCAAACUUUCCUGAAAUAGACAACAGAUUGUUGGAGCACCAACAUGACUGAAUCCUACAGGAUCUUACUUGAGAGUACAGUACCAUUGUUAGUGAGGAAAGAUGUUCCAAAAACAAACAAAAAGACAUGGUCCUCUCUAGAGGACAGGAUUGCCAUUUUCUUGCGAAUGAAUGUAUCGAAUAUGAUAUCUGUCUUUUCUAAACAAAGAGAAGAAUCCAAAUGUGUCUUAUUUUCAUGGGUUUACAUGAGUGAAAUGAAGUGGAAUCUGUUUUUUGUGCUGUCUUUUAUAAAGAUGUACUUUUAACCAGCCAAAUCCUCUGGCUGUGGAUGCUUGAAGAUAUUUUUGAGAUGGUUUGACAAAACAAGCGGACUGAUACGACUUUGCACUUAUUUAUAUUGGUAGGGACAUUUCAUUAAUUUAUAAUAAAGAGCAGUAUUUUUCUAUGAAA